UGACGUCACGACGUCGUUUCGGAGUUCACAGCAACAAGAUGAGAGAGGAAGCCUUGAGAUGGAGGCAGGGGGGUGAUUUAUCGUAAAAAAAUAGCGAAUUUGGAGACAGUUGACAUUCCGUUUUCAGAAAGAGAUGUAAAAGUCUCCCCAAGGAAGAGUCGUGUGUUAAAUUUAGCUAUAUUAAUACUCAGUCAGCACUGGAUAUUUGGGUGUACUAAACCGUGACCAUGGCGACUGACAUCGGCUCCCCUCCGCGGUUCUUCCAUAUGCCUCGCUUCCAGCACCAGGCUCCCCGUCAGCUGUUCUACAAGAGGCCCGACUUCGCCCAGCAGCAGGCCAUGCAGCAGCUCACCUUCGACGGCAAGCGCAUGAGAAAAGCCGUCAACCGCAAAACCAUCGAUUACAAUCCAUCCGUCAUCAGACAUCUAGAGAAUCGAUUGUGGCAGCGAGAUCAUCGAGAUUUCCGUGCUGUUCAACCAGACGCAGGCUGCUAUAAUGAACUCGUUCCCCCAGUGGGCAUGAUUAGCAAUCCUAUGAAUGCUGUCACGACAAAGUUUGUCAGAACCUCCACCAACAAAGUCAAAUGCCCUGUGUUUGUUGUGAGGUGGACUCCUGAAGGCAGGCGACUUGUAACAGGUGCCUCCAGUGGGGAGUUUACUUUAUGGAAUGGGCUCACGUUCAACUUUGAGACAAUUUUACAGGCUCAUGACAGCCCUGUCAGGGCAAUGACCUGGUCUCAUAAUGACAUGUGGAUGUUAACUGCCGACCAUGGAGGUUAUGUGAAGUACUGGCAGUCCAACAUGAAUAACGUCAAGAUGUUCCAGGCUCACAAGGAGGCGAUUAGAGAGGCCAGUUUCUCUCCUACGGAUAAUAAAUUUGCCACUUGCUCUGAUGACGGAACUGUUCGCAUCUGGGACUUUCUGCGCUGUCACGAGGAAAGAAUCCUGAGAGGUCAUGGAGCAGAUGUGAAGUGUGUGGACUGGCAUCCCACAAAGGGCUUGGUGGUGUCCGGCAGCAAAGACAGCCAGCAGCCCAUCAAAUUUUGGGACCCAAAGACUGGACAAAGCUUGGCAACACUACAUGCACAUAAAAACACAGUCAUGGAGGUGAAGUGGAACCUCAAUGGCAACUGGCUGUUGACAGCAUCACGAGACCAUUUAUGCAAACUGUUUGACAUCCGCAACCUCAAAGAGGAGCUGCAGGUUUUCAGAGGACACAAGAAAGAAGCCACAGCUGUGGCCUGGCACCCAGUUCACGAAGGCAUGUUUGCCAGUGGAGGUUCUGAUGGAUCACUACUGUUUUGGCAUGUUGGUGUGGAGAAAGAGGUUGGAGGAAUGGAGAUGGCACAUGAAGGAAUGAUCUGGAGUUUAGCCUGGCAUCCGCUGGGCCACAUUUUGUGUUCUGGGUCUAACGAUCACACAAGCAAAUUUUGGACGAGGAAUCGGCCUGGGGACAAGAUGCGGGACAGAUACAAUCUAAAUUUGUUGCCUGGAAUGUCAGAAGAUGGGGUGGAGUAUGAUGACAUGGACACCAAUAGUAUUGCAGCCAUUCCUGGCAUGGGGAUCCCAGAACAACUGAAGGCAGCCAUGGAACAAGAACAAUCAGGGAAAGACAUGGUGGCAGAGCCUGAGAUGAGCAUCCCGGGGCUGGACUGGGGCAUGGAAGAGGUCAUGCUGAGGGACCAAAAAAAGGCCCCGACUAAAAAAGUUCCUUAUGCAAAACCCAUUCCAGCUCAGUUCCAACAGGCCUGGGCAGAGAAUAAGGUUCCGGUGAUGCCUGCUGGAGAAGUUCCAAAGGAAAGGAAGGAUGAGAAGAAAGUAGAUAGCAAGAAGAAGACGCAAGCAGAGAUUGAGCAGGAAAUGGCUGCCCUGCAGUAUACAAACCCAAUGCUGCUCGAGCAACUGAAGAUUGAGCGAAUGGCACAGUUGCAGGAGCAGGGACUUCCUCCCCCUACUGGACAGCAGUCAGGACCAGUUCCGUCCUUUCCAGGGCAAGGUGGUCCAAUGCCUCCUCCAGCACAAGGCUUCCCUCAGUCCAUGCCUCCACAGCAAACACCACACAACAUGCCUCCUGUUGGACCAGGGGGGAUGCCUGGUCCAUUCAUACCUUCAGGCCAAAUGGGCCCACCGGGACCUCCCAUGCACCAGGGUCCGCCUCCACAGGGCAUGAUGGGACCUCCAGACAUGCAUGGACCUCCACGUCAUCCCGGCCCUCACAGGAACAUUGGACCCCAGGGUCCUCCUGGCAUGCCGCCAGGCCCCAGAGGCAUGCAAGGACCUCCCCCAGGAGGGAUGCACCCUGGCUCUGGUGGACCUCCAGGCAGUAUUAUGGGACCACCGCCACGAGGACAGGGUCCUCCACAAGGAAAUAUGAUGCAUCAGGACAUGAGGGGGCCUGUGCCCCAUGGAAACAUGAUGGGCCCUCAGGGACCCAUGCAAGGGGGUAUGAUGGGCCCUCCGCUCAGGACUCAUGGCAUGGGAAAUAUGCAUGGGAUGGGACCUCCUCCUGGGGGUAUGCAUGGACCACCAAACAACAUGCAAGGGCCACCAGGAAAUAUACAAGGACCUCAAAGCAGCAUGCAGGGCCCCCCACCAUAUAUGCAGGGCAAACCCCCACACAUGGGUGAUGGAAAUCGAGGACAGUUCAGCCAGGGUCAGAAUCAGCCAAUCAUGCAUGGAAUAGGACAGCAGGGUCCUAACGGAAAAGAUGGUUCACGAGGGCCACCUAACCACCACAUGGCUCACCCACCAGAGCGACAAGGCCCCGGAGGACCUAGUCAGAGCUCAGACGGAGGCCAGUACUGGGGGGAAGAUGGGGGUUACCAAGAGGGCUGGAGAAGAGGCCCUGGAGGUCCUGCACAGGAAUACUCUGGAGGUCACAGAGGAAACUCUGGAGGCCAGUGGGAAGGCCAGGAAAGGUUUUCCACACGUGAUGAAGAGUUCAUGGGGUAUGAUGGGUACGAGGGCUCUGGAGAGGAGUUUGAACAGAGGUCGAGACGACAACCCCAUGGAGAUGACUCAUACCGGAGAGGUGGCCCAAAUGUGCGUGGUGGGAUGGGGGGCUACCAAGAUGAGUAUGGUGGAGAUGAGAACUUUGACUCCCAAGAAGAGAUGGGCCAAGGUUGGGGAGGAAGAGGGAGACCGCGUGGUGGACCAACAAGAGGAGGUCAUGAGGGUUAUCGGGAUGGUCAGCGGCCAGACCACAACAUGCAUGACAGUCCUUCCCCUGCCAGUAGAGAGCGUUCGUCUUCUCUACAGGGCAUGGAUAUGGCCUCACUGCCUCCACGCAAACGCCCAUGGCAUGAUGGCCCAGGCACUGGCGACAUGGACUCUCCUGGUUCAGGACCUGAUGAAAGAGGAGCUGGUCGACCAACCCCAAGAGAUGAAGGUGGGUACGGGCCUCCACAACGAGGCGGGGGAAGAGGUGGUUGGGGUCGUGGUGGGCUGCCUAACCCUGGUGGCCCCGGUUCCAAUAUGGGUCCUAAUCUCAGACGAGGUGCUCCACGGGGUGCUAUGAGGGGCGGUCGUGGGCGGUAGAAACAGUGAUACCUGCUUUCCUGCUCACAAGAAGGUGAAACCGAGUACACUGAGGACAGAGCACAACAAAGAACCACACACGGCAAGAACACCAGCUUCCUUGAAGGUCUUAAAUGGUGACUGGAAGCAGCACUUCAAAGGAAAAUCAGCUUCUCAGACUGGUGGCUAAAGUUGAGCUUUUUCUCUACAAUGUACUGGAUGGAAGGUGAAGCGGUCAUCCUAGGCCAGACGCUUUUGGCUCUGAUGCUCCUUGGCACCUGCUUGGCCCAUACAUGGUGGUAUACAGAACUUGAUAUCAACGAUGAGAAUAAUAGCUGUAAUGGUGCGAUGAGAAACAUCAUCUCUUGAAAUGGACUUGUGUUUGUGGUCCAGUAGACUUUGCGAUGCAUGCUUCAGUGUGGAAGCUGAAGAAACUGAGCAGCUUUAUUAGACAACGAGAAACCGAGUUUGUACCAGCACCUGAGCCUCCGUUUUUUUGUUGUUGUGUACUUUAGAUAUUCUCAUAAAACAAAACCAUUGCGUAUCAUUGGAUUCUGUCACCUAGAAAAUGGAAGUCAAGCUAGAGCCAACGUUGAGCAGGCUUUAUCUUGAGAACUCCCAGAGAAAAGUGAACUUUCGAAUGUUUUGUUGCCCCAGCGCUGUUUAUUUAAUUUCAUUUUUAUGUAAAAUAACGGAGAUAAUCUUUCUGUAACCUUACCAGGCUACUCUCGGUGACAAAGCUUCCGACUUUGUUUCUAUUUGUACAGUUUGUCACAGAAGUUGUCAUAUUGUUUUGUCCUUUUUUUGUAUGGAAACCAUAAUAGAAUGUGCAAAAUUUAUGUAAAAAAAA